AUGGCCCAGUCUUUCCUGAACAUUUCUACCUCCAUGGUGCGCAUCGGUGAUCUGAGUGAGAAUCAAAUCCAGGGAAUCCCCAGAAAAGCAUUCAGAGGAGCUACUGAGAUCAAAAACCUGCAAUUGGACUAUAAUCAGAUUUCCUGCAUUGAAGACGGAGCCUUCCGAGCUCUGCGGGACCUAGAAGUACUCAUGCUGAAUAACAACAAUAUCACUCGUUUGUCAGUGGCCAGUUUUAACCACAUGCCCAAGCUCAGGACAUUUCGUCUGCAUUCUAAUAAACUGCUGUGUGAUUGUCAUGUGGCAUGGCUCUCUGAUUGGUUGAGACAGAGGCCCCGCCUAGGCCUCUAUACUCAGUGCAUGGCCCCACCGUCCCUGAGGGGCCACAACAUUGCUGAAGUGCAAAAAAAAGAAUUCAUCUGUUCAGACUUCAAUUCAGGGUCCCAGUCACACUCGUCCUGUAGUGUGCUACAGUGUCCUGAGCUGUGCACCUGCAGUAAUAAUAUAGUGGACUGCCGGGGAAAAAUCCUGACUGAAAUACCCACCAACCUGCCAGAGACCAUUACUGAAAUUCGACUGGAGCAGAAUUCCAUCAAGAUAAUCCCACCAGGAGCAUUCUCACCUUACAAGCGUUUGCGGAGAAUAGAUUUGAGUAAUAAUCAAAUAACUGAACUGGCUUCUGACUCCUUUCAAGGUCUCCGAUCUCUAAAUUCUCUAGUUUUAUAUGGGAAUAAAAUCACAGAAAUUACCAAAGGCCUUUUUGAUGGACUAUUCUCAUUGCAGCUACUGUUACUAAAUGCGAACAAGAUCAAUUGUUUGCGUGUAGAUUCUUUCCAAGACCUGCAAAAUCUCAAUCUUUUGUCACUUUAUGACAACAAACUCCAGACCAUUGCAAAGGGAACUUUCUCAUCUCUCCGAGCCAUACAGACGCUUCAUCUGGCCCAGAACCCCUUCAUGUGCGACUGCCAUUUGAAGUGGCUGGCUGACUAUUUGCAAGACAACCCAACUGAGACCAGUGGAGCUCGUUGCACCAGUCCACGUCGCCUUGCCAACAAGCGCAUCGGCCAGAUCAAGAGCAAGAAGUUCCGCUGUUCAGCUAAAGAGCAGUACUUUAUACCAGGGAUUCAUCAUAUCAAUAAGUGUGUGGAAGACUACCGAUCUGAACUAGGUGGGGAUUGCUUUGCUGAUCUUGCCUGCCCAGAGAAAUGUCACUGUGAAGAAACUACAGUGGACUGCUCUGGACAAAAACUUACCAAGAUGCCAGAGCACAUUCCUCAAUAUACAGCAGAACUCCGCUUGAACAAUAAUGAAUUUACAGUGCUGGAGUCAACAGGAAUUUUUAAGAAGCUUCCACAUCUGCGCAAAAUUAACCUUAGUAAUAAUAAGAUCACAGAUAUUGAGGAAGGUACGUUUGAGGGGGCCAGUGGCGUGAAUGAGCUCAUAUUAACUAGUAACCGCUUAGAGAACGUGCACUACAGUAUGCUGAAAGGUCUCGGUGGCCUCCGUACACUGAUGUUGAGGAGUAACAAGAUAAGCUGUGUCAAUAACGGUAGUUUUACUGGUCUGAGCUCUGUGAGGCUGCUCUCCCUCUAUGAUAACCUGAUCACUUCCAUGUCCCCGGGAGCCUUUGACACUCUCCACUCCCUCUCAACAUUGAACUUGCUGGCCAAUCCAUUUAACUGUAAUUGUCAUCUGGCCUGCCUGGGAGAAUGGCUUCGUAAGAAACUAAUUGUCACAGGCAACCCCCGCUGUCAGAGCCCAUACUUUCUAAAAGAGAUCCCUAUUCAAGAUGUAGCCGUACAAGACUUUGCCGGUGAAGACGGUAAUGAUGUGAAUAGCUGUUCACCUCAGGCUUACUGUCCUGCUGAGUGUUCAUGUUUGGAUUCAGUGGUUCGCUGCAGUAAUAAAGGACUCAAGGUUUUACCCAAGGGCAUUCCUAAAGAUGCUACAGAACUCUAUCUCGAUGGCAACCAGUUCAUGCAAGUCUCUCUGGAACUAUCCAGUUAUAAACACCUCACUCUCAUUGAUUUGAGUAAUAACCUGAUCAGCACAUUGUCCAACCACAGCUUCAGUAACAUGUCCGAGCUGCUCACCCUAAUUUUAAGCUACAACAGACUGAGGUGUAUUCCUUUAAAAUCUUUCGAUGGCCUCAAAUCUCUGCGCUUGUUGUCUCUCCAUGGUAAUGAUAUUGCUGUGAUCCCAGAUGGAGCUUUCAAAGAUCUGUCCUCUCUCUCCCACCUGGCUCUGGGAGCAAACCCCCUGUACUGUGAAUGUCACAUGCAGUGGCUUUCUGACUGGGUAAAGAGCAGCUACAAGGAGCCUGGAAUUGCACGCUGCACUGGUCCAGGAGAGAUGACUGACAAACUCUUGUUGACUAUGCCCUCCAAGAAAUUCACCUGCACAGAGGUGCCGGGGACUUGUGGUAUUCCUGUGCAAGUUCCAGUGGAUGUGAGUGUUUUGGCAAAAUGUAACCCUUGUUUAUCUAACCCCUGUAAAAACGACGGAACCUGCAAUAACCAUCCCAUAGACUUUUACAGAUGUACCUGUCCAUAUGGUUUUGAGGGUCAAGACUGCGAGGAACCAAUUCAUGCGUGCAUCAGUAACCCCUGUCAGAAUGGAGGUACCUGCCACCUGAAGGAUGGAGAGGAGAAAACUCACUGGUGUGUGUGUCCAGAUGGAUUUGAAGGAGAUGAAUGUGAGAUAAAUAUUGAUGACUGUGAGGAUAAUGACUGUGAGAAUAACUCUACAUGUGUGGAUGGGAUCAACAACUACACCUGCCUCUGCUCACCUGAAUACACAGCUGCUAAUAAUAAUGAGGUGGAGAAAGGAGAGCUGUGUGAAGAUAAGAUGGAUUUCUGCGCUUCAGAGCUGAACCCAUGUCAACACGACUCAAAAUGUAUUCUGACAGUUAAGGGCUUCAUGUGUGAGUGCAAUCCAGGUUACACAGGGGAGCACUGUGAGGUGGAUUUUGAUGAUUGCGAAGACAAUAAGUGUAAAAACAGUGCUCAGUGUAUCGAUGCUGUGAAUGGCUACACGUGUGCGUGUCCAGUAGGGUACAGUGGGCUGUUCUGUGAUUUCUCUUCUCCGAUGGUACUGCCCAGAACAAGUCUGUGUGAUCACUCUGAUUGUGCCAAUGGUGCACAGUGUGUUGUCAAGGACACAGAUCCUGUGUGUCAGUGUCUCCAUGGUUACGAGGGUGUGCGGUGUGAGAGAUUGGUCAGCGUCAACUUUAUCAAUAGAGAAUCUUUCUUGCAGAUCCCCUCCAAUCUUAUAACAGAACAGGCCAAUAUAUCACUCCAGAUUGCCACAGAUGAGGAUAAUGGAGUGUUGCUUUACAAAGGUGAUGAUGAACACAUCGCAGUUGAGCUGUACAGAGGCAGACUGAGAGUCAGUUAUGACUCUGGGACCUACCCACCUUCUGCAAUCUACAGUGUGGAAAUGAUAAAUGAUGGAAGUUUUCAUGUAGUGGAGCUGGUGGCAAAAGAUCAAUCUCUGUCUCUCUCCAUUGAUGGAGGCAGCUCCAAAUCCAUUACUACUGCAAACAAUCCAAGCCCAGUACCCAGCCCUUCUCCGCUUUAUGUUGGAGGAACUCCUCUGCAGUCUGGAAUGGCCUCUUUGCGUCAGGGCUCUGGGAGAAACGGCUCUAGUUUCCACAGCUGUAUCAGAAACCUUUAUAUUAAUGACCAGCUCCAGGACCUCACCCAGUUCUUGCUGCAGGAGGGGGUGGUGCCAGGCUGCCGGCCAUGCCAGCGGAGUGUGUGCGCUCAUGGGCAGUGCCAUGCUACCGGUCACUCAUCCUUCAGCUGUGAGUGUGAGGCAGGGUGGACCGGGCAGCUGUGCAACCAGCAGAUCAACAAUCCAUGUAAUGGGAAUAAAUGUAUCCAUGGUUCCUGUCUACCCAUAAACUCAUACUUGUAUAGCUGUCGCUGUCAUCCAGGCUUCGCAGGUGUACUGUGUGAUGAGGAGGAACAGAUGAGUCCCUGUCAGUACAUAGCAUGUAAACAAGGGCACUGUCGCGUUUCUGGACUGGGGAAAGCCUAUUGUGAGUGCAACAGCGGCUACACAGGGGAAAGCUGUGAUAAAGAGAUGGCGUGUCGGGGGGAACGGGUCCGAGAUCACUAUCAGACGCAGAAGGGCUAUGCAGCAUGCCAAAGCACAGAGAAGGUCUCCCGUUUAGAAUGUCGGGGCAGCUGUGGGGAUGGGACCUCCUGCUGUGCCCCCCUCCGCAGCAAAUGCAGGAAAUACACCUUCCAAUGCACAGAUGGAUCCUCUUUUGUACAGGAGGUGGAAAAAGUUGUCAAGUGUGGCUGCACAAAAUGUCCAUCCUAAAUAAUGAAAAAGAAGAAAUACAUCCCGUAUCCCCUCUUCUCUCCUCGCUUUC